GGGAGGGGGGGAAUCUUUAUCUUUGGUGUGGCGUUUAAAGAGCGUGCGUGUUGCCGGCGGGCUCGGGGAGCGCAGCAGUAGCUCCUGUUGCUCCUGCUACAGCUGCUGAUACAGCUGCUGCUGCUACAGCUACAGCAGCUCCUGCUACAGCUGCUACAGCUGAUACAGCUGCUGUUGCUACAGCUACAGCAGCUCCUACUACUGCAGCUACAGCUGCUACAGCUGCUGCUGCUACAGCUGCUGCCGAAUGCUGCUGCUGCUGCCCGUGGCGAGCAAGGUGGUGCUGAUGCGGCUGUGGCUGCUGCCGCUGCUGCUGCUGGUGGCGGCGGUGGCUCCGCUCAGCCUCGCUGCGCACGGCAGCGAUAACGGAUCGUCGAGCGAGCACUGGACACACCGCGGUGAUGGCGGUCAGGCGACGUGGCCCACCACGAUUCCACAGUGUGGAGGCUCCUCCCAGUCUCCUGUCAACAUCGACAGUCGAUUGGCCAACGCGGACAACACCCUGCAGCCCAUCGUUCUCCACGGAUUUGAAAGUCUCAGUGCCGCCUACAGGAUGAGAAACAAUGGACACACGGUCAAGGUGUACUUGCCCGAGUCGAUGAGCGUCACCACCGGGCUCCCGUCCGAGCACACGGCCGCCCAGCUCCACCUGCACUGGGGCGCGCGCGACGAGGAGCCUGGCGGCUCGGAGCACACGGUGGACGGGAAGCGUUAUGACGCCGAGAUGCACGUGGUACUUUACAACUCGGAGAGCUAUGCGAGUGUGGCCGAGGCUUUGGGAAAGCCCCAAGGGCUGGCUGUGCUUGGUGUCCUGCUCCAGGUCGGCUCACAGGAGCACCCAGCCUUCCAGAAGAUUGUCGAUGGACUUAGAAAUAUCAAGUACAGCAAUCAGGCUACAGACGUGGGCCCCUUCGAGGUGCGGUCGCUGCUGCCCCCCGACCUGGGACGAUACUUUCGCUACGACGGCUCCCUCACGACGCCUCCUUGCACCGAGGGCGUCAGCUGGAUCGUCUUCAACCAGACCGUCAGAGUCGGCGUCCAGCAGCUGGAGGCCCUCCAAACGGGCAUAAUGAGCACCCAGCAGAACGACACCCAGCCGGAGCUCCUGGACGCCAACUACCGCCUGCCACAGGCGCUCAACAGGCGAUCCGUGCGCGCCUCGUUCACAACGUCCAUCGCCGUGCGCGGCAAGCCGGGCACAGACGGAGCCGCUCCGUGCCAGCAGCCGCUGGAGCGCGGCGGCGAGCGUGGUGAGCGACGCUGGGGGUUCGACGGCGCGAGGGGCGUGUGCGUGCCCUUCCUGCGCGAGGGCCAGGCCGGCAACGCCAACAGCUUCCCCGACGUGGUGGCGUGCUCACGCUCAUGCCUGCCCAAUGGAGCCACGCUAUUCCCCGAGAGAGACCUGGCGUGCAAGCUGCCUGCCGAUUCGGGGCCUUGCCAGGAGGCCACCUACCGGAUCCAUUUCAACGCCAGCAAUGGGCUCUGCGAGUCCUUCCCGUACUCGGGCUGCGGUGGCAAUGGCAACUCGUUCCCCAGCACGCAGGCAUGCCAACGCCUAUGCGGCGCCCGGUCCAUCACGCGCCAAUCCUCAAACAAUGCCGCUUCCGAACCAGCGUGCGAAUGUGCGGGAAACACAACGGCGAUCAUUCUGGGGCUGCUUCUCGCCGUGACGGUGUUGACUUUCUUCAUCUACUUCUACCGCCAGCAAAAGAGGAAACAGAAGGCAGCCACGGAAAACGCAGCCAUGUACACACCGGCUACGACCAAGGAAACCAUCUGAACUUGCCAGAAGUCCCCUCCAGUUGUCAGAAACACGGCUCUAGAUCUCCUCAUUAGUGCGUUGUGGAGUAUCUGCUGCCCUCUUUAUGCAGCAGGAAACGGUUGAGUGUCUCUACUGAAUUAAUGGAGCGAUGUGGUCGUAUUUUUCGUUGCCGUUAAUUGAAUGUAUGAGAUGUGGUGAAGGGACCUUAUGUCUUCGCAGCCUUGAUGUUAUCGUUGUGACGCGAUCGACCGAGUGACAACGUUUAUGAAUCUUCUUGGUUCUUUCGGUAAAGUCACGUAUGUUUUAUUUUUAUUAUUUUAUUACUUCCCUUCUACGUGACUUUACCGAAAGAACCAAGAAGAUGAAUCCCUGCAGUCACGAAAGCUUUAAAUGUUUUAUUUUUAUUAUUUUAUUACUUCCCUUCUACGUGACUUUACCGAAAGAACCAAGAAGAUGAAUCCCUGCAGUCACGAACGCUUUAAAUCGAAAUUUAACGUUUAUGAAGCCCAAUUAGACAAGUUGUCACUAAGGUUUCCCAUUCACACUCACGGAUUUGCCAUUUCCUAAACACAAAAGUUGUCUAAUUGCAAUAACUGUCGUGCAACUGUGUUCACACUUUUAUAGGGGAAAAAAUCAUGGCGCCGUAUGCACGAAACCAAGGCCAAAACUACUUCAUUAUUCACGGCUCAUUCUAUGAUUUAUUUUGUUUUACCAGAACAGACUAUUCCAAUAAUUGCAGAUUACUUAUAUCCUUGAAAUAAUUCAGCCUUAUGAUAAACACAUAUCAUUAACAACGGAUUCUACACACUGAAUAUGUUUACAAAUCUACAUCAUGGGACCUCCUUUGCCAGUACCAAAAUAUGAUAAUAGGGUUUUCCCCUUUUAUCUGGCAACAAAACAGGUGUUAAGUUGUUAAAACACCAAACUGAAACCUUUUGCAAGGAAUCAUGUCUGUAUUAACCACAAUACUUGCGGUCCAAAUGCAAUCAAAAACAUACUCUGAUAAUAUAUGCAUUGUCCUUGAAACUGAUUGGUACGCCGUGCGCAAACGACAACGCCGAACCAUUGCUUGAGUCGAGGCGUGCUGACGGAUAAUGUGCUGGCAAUAUAAACUCAUCACCCCGUAACCUCUGAGCAGGCGAGACGUCGCUGCGAUCGUCAUCAAGCAGCACAAGCGGCAGCAAGGACGUGUGGCGCGUGCGUGCGCAUCGGGGGAGUUCAAGUUUAUGCACGAGUGGGGACGGGGGGGGGGGGAACGCCUUUUUGUUAGAUGAGCCACUUGCAAAUGAAGUGCUGUAUAUUCGCCAAACGAAGUCAGUGUCUCCCCAACUCCUCCUGUGGCAGUGCUCAUCUCUUGAAGCCCCCCCUCCCCCCCCCCCCGGAGCUCGUGGUGGAAAUUCCACAUUGCGAUGGUGGGGACCAGUCCAUCCAAGGGAAAACUAAAGUUGAUUUCCCACAAAAUGGUACUUAUUUCUCACGGAAAUGAUGUUGGGCGAAGCUGACCUCUGGCUGAGAUUUUGAACUCGCAGCUUUCUGACUGUUCAAGUAAAUUUUGUCGAACCAGCUCUCAGACUGAGAUACUCGGUUGGUCGCAUUUUCACGAGUCACCUGGGUCGCCAAAACGACAAAGGCAAAAGAAAUAAAAUCUAAAUAUUUACAUCAGGACAAAGACAGCCGACUGUGAUUAGGGUUUUCUAUCCCAGCUCCAUUCAGCCAAUAUAAUUGCAAAUAACGCCCCAUAUGUAUUGUCGUUGAUGAUGCCUUGAAAUCAAAACAUGGCUACCAAAUGCCAAUGCCAAUUUUUACACCUUCGCAUAUACUGUAAACCAUUGAUUAUUUUUUCUAUUGGGAUAUUGUUUUUUAUAGGAUAGUCAUUGAUACGUGCAUAAAUUUAAAUUCUAAAUUUCAAUGUACGGUGGUGAAUGUUAAUUGUGAUGUCAAUACUGAAAUUAUAUUUGCCAUGAGAAGUG